AUGCCAGAUGCUAAUCUAAAAUUCAGAAAACAGUUAUAUUCAAAAUAUCAUCAAGCACAUUGUUCGUCUACCAGGAGUAGGAAAAAAACAACUGGUGCCAACUUUUCACGAGACCAUCGGCGUCGAUCAUUCAUGGACCAUAGAGUUGGAGGUCAUAGUGUCGCUUAG